GUCGGUAUUUGAAUCGGUAGCGGGUGGACUGACUCCGGGACUCAGCGCCUUCUACUCCAUCCUCGACUGCGCGCGGCGGCCGGCAGAAUGAGUCUGCUGAUCUUCAAUGACGAAAAUGUCACUGGUGACAAAAGUACAGAAAACUGUGACUUCCUGUUUUCACCACCGGAACUUAGCGGGAGGUCGCCUGUUCUCCGUGUGUCACAGAAGGAAAAUGUGCCACCCAAGGGCACGGCCAAAGCUACGAAGGUGACCUUUCAGACACCCCUGCGGGACCCACAGACACACAGGAUCCUGAGUCCCAGCGUGAGCAGCAGGCCUGACACUGGUUCUGCUCUGGGUAACACCGCUGCAUUAGAGAACUCUCGUCAUCAAGUCUGGACCCGAAAAGAGAACCAACAGUUCACCAAGGAAGUGGACCCCCCAACGGCGGAUGGGACUCCGCAGAACGGGGCGGUGGCGGGCGCCCACCCGCCUCCAGAGGGCGUGAGGCCAGCCGCUGAAGACAGGCACUCCGGCGGGCCUGCCGCCGCUCCCCAGACCCAGCCCGGCCUCUCGGGCUGUGCCCAGGCCACCGCAAGUCUUGGAAGCCAGACGGCAUCUCCACAGGGCAUGUCUGGCAGCCCUGGGCGAGGCUUGGAGGGAAACGUCAGUUCUGAUUCCCUGGACAAAGCCCUUACGUCCGCCCCAGAAGUUGUAGAAGAGCCUGCCAAGGUCGUGUCCCCAGACAGAACCACAGGAGACCCCUCCAGCGGACCCCCGGCUUCCUCAGCUGGGGCCACUUUGCUCCCCGGUACUCAUCCCAAAGUGGCCCUCAGAAAAGACCUCCUCACAGACCCGCCUGGGCCCCCCGCCAGCCCUGAGGACACCUCUGGCCCUGAGGACACUGCUCUGGUGGGCCCUCUGCAGGCUGGAGGGGCCGCGGCCCCAAGUCCUCAGAAGGAGGAGGCCAGUGGCCAAAUGGACAGCUCACCCAGGAAUGGGCCCGUAAGGCUAGAAUCUGACUUUUCUGAUGAUGCCCCCAGCAAAAUGCCACCUCCACCAAGGAAGCUGGGGAAGGGACCAGCAGCGACACAGGAAAAGGCCCCCACGGAGGUGGGUGAGGCUUCUGCUCCUCCUCCUCGGGGGUCGUACAGCCUGGACUGGGACAAGCUGGGUGACCCCGACUUCAACCCGUUUGGAGGCGGUGGAGAGGCCUGGCCCCCAGAACGCCCCCAGAGCAGGCCGGCGGGGCCUGCGGCUGCAGAGGACUCACCUCCAAGCCAGCAGGUGGCUCCAGCCUCCACAGAGGGCACGCCUGUGACACAGACUGCAGUGUGGACCUCGGGAGCGGCGGGCGAGGAGGGCAUCAAGACUUCUGCAGGGGCAGCGGCCACCCCCAGCAGUCCAGACCGCAAACCCCCAGCCUCGCCGGCAGCCCCAGCGGCCCCAGCUCUACAGGGGCCAGAGCCUGCCUCAGACCUGAGUGAGGAGCAGUUCCGAGACCCAGCCGAGGUUCUAGGCACGGGGGCCGACGUGGACUACCUGGAGCAGUUUGGGACCACCCUGUUUAAGGAGUCAGCCCUGAGGAAGCAGUCCUUGUACCUCAAGUUUGACCCGCUCCUGAGGGACAGUCCUCGCAGACCGGCCCCCCUGGCCCCCGACAUGGGCAGUUCCAGCGCGCAGGGCACCGCUGCCCCGUCCUCAGGGAGCCCGCCCGAGGCCAAACUGCUGGACCUUGACUUGCCGGGAGCGCAGGACCUGCCCGUGCUAGGCCCACCGCCGUGUGUCCUUGGACCAGGGGCGCCCAUCGUGGACGUGCUGCAGUACAGCCAGAGGGACCUGGAGGCAGCGGUGGAGGCGGUGCAGAAGGAGAAUGUGCAGCUGAGGAGCCAGUGCAAGGAGCUGCAGGAGAAGAACCUGGAGAUGGGGAAGGUCAUGGACGGGUUCGAGAGCAUCGUGUACCAGGCGAUGGAGGAGGCUCAGAAACAGAAGGAACGGGCCAGAGCCGAGACCGAAAAGGCUCUGACAGAAAAGGACCAGCUGGCCUCAGACCUGAGCUCCCUGGAGAAGUCCUUCUCGGACCUCUUCAAGCGCUUUGAGAAGCAGAAGGAGGUGAUCGAAGGCUACCGGACGAAUGAAGAGUCCCUGAAGAAGUGUGUGGAGGGCUACAUCGUCAGAGUCGAGAAGGAAGGCCAGAGGUACCAGGCACUGAAGGCCCAUGCGGAGGAGAAACUACGGCUGGCCAGCGAGGAGAUCGCCCAGGUCCGGAGCAAGGCGCAGGCAGAGGCGCUGGCCUUCCAGGCGAGCUUGAGGAAGGAGCAGAUGCGUGUGCACUCGCUGGAGAAGACCGUGGAGCAGAAGACGAAGGAGAAUGACGAACUGACUCGCAUCUGCGACGACCUCAUCUCCAAGAUGGAGAAGAUCUGAUGACGGGGUUCCUGCUGUGCACCCCCAGCCUCCUGUCUGUCUGUCUGUCUGUCUGUCUGUCUGUUGGAAGUUUUUGUGUUCUUCUCUCCUCACUUCAGCUCCCUUUUAAACUAGAUUGCUUUAAAAAGAUUAAAUAAAGUUUCCCUUGAGUUUA